GGCGCCCGACUGGGGAUGGAAACACUGAGGCCCAGCUCAGGGAACCACGAAGGACCAGGAGCUCAACGGCAAAUUGUGGCUGCAAAUGUGCCCCCCGAAGAUCAGGAUGGCUCUGGCGACGACUCUGACAACUUCUCCGGCUCGGGUGCAGGCGCUCUGCAAGAUUUCACCGUGUCACAGACCACCUCCUUCACCUGGAAGGACCUGGGGCUCCUGACGGUCAUGCCCACGGCUCCAGAGCCCACCGGCGCCGACACCAUGGCUGCCUCCACCUCCAUCCUGCCCGCUGGAGCGGGAGACCAGGAGCAAGACACAGUGCUCCUGGCCCACCUGGAACCUGGCUUUCCCAACCGGGAAAAGACCACCCGCCCGCCCAGCGAGACCACACCACACCCAACCACCCACCGGGCAUCGACAACUAGAGCCACCACUGCCCAGGCGCCUGUCACCUUGCAUCCCCUCAGGGACAUGCAGCCUGACCACCAUAAGACCUCAACCCCCGAAGGCCGUGGCCCGCUCGACCCUCACACGGCCGACCCUCACACGGCCGUCACGGAGGAGAGAGACCCUUGGGUCACCGAGAGGACUGCUGAGGCUGGGACCGUCACCCAGUUCCCGAAAGGAGAGGGCUCUGGGGAGGAGGACUUCACCUUCGACGUGUCUACGGAGAGCACAACUUGGUCUCCUGAGGAACGAGAGGAGCUGAAGGAACCCCCAGUGGGUCGCGGGGCCACCGGGGCCUCACAGGGCCUCCUGGACAGGAAGGAAGUGCUGGGAGGGGUCAUCGCCGGAGGCCUGGUGGGGCUCAUCUGCGCCGUGUGCCUGGUGGGCUUCAUGCUGUACCGAAUGAAGAAGAAAGACGAAGGCAGCUACUCCUUGGAGGAGCCGAAGCAGGCCAACGGCGGGGCCUACCAGAAACCCAGCAAGCAGGAGGAGUUCUACGCCUGACAGGAGCCGCCUCCCCUCCCCCUGCCGCUCUCUAGGCCCCCGAUUGCCUCUUCCGUGAAGAACAACUGCUGGCCGGCCUUCCCGGGCACCGGGCCACCUCCCCACGCUCCCAGCCCCUCCGGCCCCCUCCCCACGGAGUCCUGCGCAGGCUGGGGGCUCUCCUCUGCUUCUCUGACUUCCGCCUGGAGCCUGGGGCACGAGGGCUUCCGCCUCUGACCUUUCCACCCCAGCCAGCACUUGGCAUCUCACCGCCUGACUCGGUUUCUCCAACCUGGAGCAGCCCUGGCGAGGGGGGCACCCCACUGCGUGGACCUGGAUGGCCCGCUGGGGCUGAGGGCCGGCGCUCCUGUAGCACUUACUGGGAGAGACCCACCGUCUUGGGGGCGGCGUCGGCUGAGUGGCGGGGAGAGGAGUUCGGGGCUCCCUCCGAGCUCGCUUGGUUUUGUGGGGAGGGCUGACUUAGAUACCAACUUGUUUUUGCACAUGUUUCCUCUAGUUUCUUUGUUCAUAGCCCAGUAGACGUUAUUACUUUUGAGGUAAGUUAAGCUGAUUUGGUUACUCCCCCAUCUUGCUUCCCUAAUCUACCGUCAGGACGCAGCGUCAGGGUUAAGAAGACUUUUUUUUUUUUUUUUUGUAAAACUAGAACCAAAUCUGGAAGCCGGCAUAGAGGCCGAGUGUAUGUGUGGUCUCUUGAGUUUGUCACUCACGUGUGCAACAGGGUAGCGAUGUCUGGCCGGCCCCGUUGGGGGCUGGCCGGCCUCGGCUGCCGCGGGCAGUCACUUCUUUUGAGCAGCCGGCCCGUACCCAGGAGCUCGGCCGCGGUGGGGAGCCCACGGGAGAAUCGCAUCCUGGAACCUCCGGCUGGGACCAGGGAGGACUGCGGGGUCCGAGGUGGUGGUGGGCCCGGGGAUCUCCCGCGACCCCGCUCCUUCUUAGACACCAUCCCUGGGAACGCUUUCUCCUGGGAGAUGACCAGAGGCGGCCCGGGCACACCUGGCACCGAGCCCCUCCCCAGGGCCAGGCUCACCUUCAAUGAGCUCCUGCGGCCCUGGCCCGGCUGGGAUCCGGAAUGUUCCAAAGAGGGAUAGUCUUUUGCUUUUGGCAAAACUCUACUUAAUCCAAUGGGUUUUUCCCUGUACAGUAGCUUCUCCUGGUGUGAUAAACUGUAAUAUAAGUAGUCACGUGAGCACUGCUGCCUGUGUCUCUUCUCUCUGCUGGCCAGCGGAUGCGCCCACCCUUUUCUCUGACCACGACGAUGCUGGGAAACUUAGGGCUCCGUGCCUUCAUCCCCUCCCCGGCCCCCUGGCUGUCCCGGGGUGGGAUUCCGGGGCCAGAGUCGCUCUGGUUUUGUUUGUUUUUGUUUGUUUGUUUACUAAUACCCUUCUGGAGGUCGGUCGGUUCAGCCAAGGUCAUAGAGGUUCCGACGUACAUUUACGCGUAGCCAAGCUCAAAGCACCAUCUCCUCAGCAGUUAACGAAGCUGCAGUGCUCCCAGCACAGCUUGACCCGAGGUCACGGCCACACAGAGGCCCCUCCGGAGCCAAGGCCGGCCUCGCAGACACCUUGGACGGCCCCCCUCACACCUCUGCGGGAGCAGAGGCCCCCCCCCGCUGGGCUUCUGGGAACUCCUGUACUUGCUUAUUUAAUCUGACAGCCUUCCGGCUGCUCUGUCGGCCGCUCCGAGGGGGGGACACAUGUGACUCAGGCGCACCGCCCAAGGAGGGGCACCUGUGCCCUGUGCUCAGUGCUGGGACUUUCUGCCCUAGAAUGUGUGACUGGACAUGGCUCGGGGGUGGGGAAGGGGUCUGCGACCGAGCUCAUCUCUGCUGGCCCCUGGGACAGUGCCGAGCCUGUGGCUGGGCCCCUUCGUGUAACUCGAAUAAACGGUACUUGUCAUUCUGGG